CAGCAGCACCCCGACAUGGAAGAUGAACAAGACGGAGCUCCUCGCCGAGUGCAACCGCCGCAGCCUCGCCGUGAGCUCGAAGUGGACCUUGACCGAGCUUCGCCACGUGCUGGCCGGGGACACCAAGCACUACCUCUACCGGGGCCCGAAGACCGAAGUGCCCAAGAGCAUUUCGAAGAUGACCCGGGACGAGCUGGUGGAGGAAGCGAUCGGUCUGGGCAUCGACGUCGGCCAGAAGGAAACGAGGGGAUCGAUCAUGCUGAAGAUCCGCGACUUCACGGCCCCAGACGACACGGUGAUGACCAUUGGGAGGUUCCGCGGCGAGACCUACAUGAACAUUCCGGCCACCUACGCGGAUUGGGCCUCCGACGAGGAGAGGGCCAACGGGGACAACAUGCACCCAGAACUCAAAAGGUUUGUCAUCUGGAAGCGCAACCAGAAGGUCAAGGAAGCCGCGACCGACCGCAAGGCCAAGCCCCGCCAGAGGGGGUACCUGGAUGUCGAGGACAACGCGAUGAUCCCACCGCCACCAGUGAGCGAGACGGGAGCCUCCGCCUCAGCAUGGGAUAUGGACGAGUACGAGACCUACACGGAGACCCCUCGAGGAGGACGCCGGGACCAAAAGGAUGGAAAGGGACGUGGAGCCCCACAUGUUGGAGGAGAUCCGAGCUCUCGAGGAGCGAUUGGCCUGUCUGAGGGAUGCUGCAGGGGUGGAGCCCCGGCGAUGAAAGGCUACCUCACUGGAGACGAUACGACGUGCGAGAAGGGUGAAAACUACACGACGGGCCACGCCACCUACGACGAGGAGAUCAGCAAGGACUUCUACCCCAAGGACCAGACGGAUGAGCACGACGCGGCUACAGGAGAUGGUACAGGUUACGACGAGGAGAACAGCGAGGACUUCUACCCCAAGGACCAGUCGGGCGAGCACGGCACGACUACAGUGGACCGCGCAACCUACGACAAGGAGAUCAGCGAGGACUUCUACCCCAAGGACCAGACCAACGUGCACGGUGUCUACACGGUGGCCAAAGGAGGCAACAAGGGUGGGUGCGACGAGGACAUCUUCCAGACAAACACGGGUGAAAACCUAGGUACGUCGUCCCCGUCGUUCCCUAGCCAUGAGAUCCUCUACACCAAAGACGAGACGCAGAACUACCUGGCCCAGGACAUCUACCUCAACUCGUCACAGGACACCAGUGAGGAGAUGGCCCAGACAGCUCUACGCGAAGGGCGUUUUGAUAACAAGGACCUUGAGGAGAUCCUCGAUGCGUGCGACUUCCACAACCCCAAGAAACGACCCGGAGUCCACGGUGAAGGAGAAGAACGUAGAUGUGUCAUCGGGUACUAUGCCUACGGCAAGUUCCAUGGGGUGACGCGCGAGACCGGGGCGAGGAGCAAACUCGCCAAGUAUAUCAACCAGUUCCUCCUUCACAAUGGACAGGACGCAAGAGAGCACCGAGGAGGAGAACUCUGGGUGGCGCAGAGCAGAGGUGAGACGUAUCGACGGGACACCAAUGGCGAGCCCACCCCUGGCAACAUCCUCGAGACAAAGGGGAAGGUGACCAAGUUCAACCCGAAGCACAAGCACGCGAGCGAGCCCUGGCAGGGCAAUCGCUGGAGUGUGGUCGCCUAUGUAGCAAGGAGCUUUCCGCACGCGUCGAAGACAUCCAAGAAGGUGUUGCAGAAGCUCCAGUUCCCGGUGCCCAACACUAAGGACCUCAAGGUUUUCCACGACAACAACCUCAGCAAAGGCCAGCAGACCCCCACCGAGGGACGACCACGCCGAACUACGCAACGAGAUUUGUGGAAGAAUGCCGCGGCCCUGUGCGUUAUGAUGGCCACGUCUAUGACUACCAUGGACCUCUACGCCCGGGACUACGUGGAACCCCGGGUUCGACCCAAGGUCGCCCUUCUCGAGAUUGGCGGCGUGGAAGCCACAUGCUAUGCCACCGGAGUGUGCAACGACAGCAUCGAUGUCGCCGAGCCGCUCUUCUACAACGACCUGCAAUGGGCUGAACGGAUGCAAGAAUGCGACUUCGGGCCCAUUGAGACCGCUACGAUCCGGCAAGAACCGGCCGAACUAUGGCUUCACGUCUCCCAGGCCUGGAUAUGCUCGGAGACCAAGAAGGACGCCGAGAAAGCUAUCGACCGACAACUCCGAGAAGGUCGACAAGUGGUACUUCAGCGCGAGCCCGGGGAACGAGCUCUAUGGGAAGAGGCCACGGCAGGAUGGGAGGACGCAGGCUAUGCCGUUGUCCACGACUACGACCACUAUGGGAACGAGUACCUUCGGAUCGACCCCUACGGCGAGGUAGACAUGGUCCACCCCAGCUAUGCUGUAGAAACGGGACAUGUACCUGAUGCCCCGAAGGACGAGGAAACCUAUGAGCCCGAAGAGGGGGCCGGCAUCGGAGAUUUCCCCGACGACCUUGAGGAGUUGAUGGCAGACAUUGAGCCCAGCGAGCCCGGCGAGAUUGCGUACGACAUGGACGAGGAAGCAGAGGAGCAACGCGGCAGCAGGAGAGAUGCUGGCGGUUUGGACCCACCUGUGCUUCGAAGGAAGCGACGUAAAGGACCACCAGAUGGCCGGCACUCCGGGCCACUCCCAUACCAGAUCAACAUGCUCAAGAAAGCGAAGACCGAACGGUCCAGAGCCAAGCAAUUGGAAAAAGAAAUACCGUGGGACCAGAUCCCGGCCGAGGUCCGCCCACUCUUCUUGGCAGCAGAGCGCAAGCAGUGGGCUGAGCAUCUCCAACAUGAUGCCCUGGAAGUCCUGGAUGUGAACACCAGCAAACGUGUGCGUGCCGAAGUACCUCGUGAACGAAUCCUAUCGUCACGAUAUGCUUACCGUGACAAAGCGAUGGGGAAGCGAAAGGCCUGCCCGGGGACACCCUGGCGGGCCAAGGCCCGCCUAGUGGUGGGAGGCCACCUUGAUCCCGAUCUCGGAGGGGGAUCCUUCGGCGGACUCGUGACCGACAGCCCGACUAUCAACAGGUCGUCUCUGGUUAUGUUGCUGCAGCUCGCCGUCUCGCUGCGGAUGCAGAUGGCUACCGGCGACGUCCAG